ACAAGUCGAUUUUUGCAGAGUUAUACGUUACGUUGAGCUUUUAGUCAUAUCCCCUCCUGUGGAUAGGCAUGGGCAGUUCAAUGGGAUGCAGUUGGUGGGCUUACAGCACCGUAAUGGGCGCAGUAAUGAUCAUGGCACUGGCAGGUGGGUUGAGAGGGGCAGAGGGUGCCCGAGCAUUCUUCGUGUUCGGGGAUUCGCUGGUGGACAAUGGCAACAACAACUAUUUGGCCACCACCGCUCGAGCUGACUCUCCUCCUUACGGCAUUGACUACCCCUCUCGCAGACCCACUGGCCGCUUCUCUAACGGCUACAACAUUCCUGACUUUAUCAGUCAGGAACUUGGAGCAGAAUCCACGUUGCCAUAUUUAAGCCCAGAGCUCACCGGACAAAGAUUGCUUGUGGGCGCCAACUUUGCUUCUGCUGGAAUCGGCAUUCUCAACGACACCGGAAUUCAGUUUGUCAACAUAAUCAGAAUAUACAGACAGCUAGAGUACUUCCAAGAAUACCAGCAGAGGCUGAGCGCCCUGGUUGGAGAGGGGCAGGCGCAGCGUUUGGUGAGGGGAUCACUGGUCCUUAUCACUCUGGGAGGCAACGAUUUUGUGAACAACUACUAUUUGGUUCCUUUCUCCGCAAGAUCCCGCCAGUUCGCUCUUCCCGACUACGUCAAGUAUUUAAUCUCCGAAUACAAGAAGAUACUCCGGAGGCUAUACGAUCUGGGAGCGCGGAGGGUGCUAGUGACGGGGACGGGGCCGUUGGGGUGUGUUCCGGCGGAAUUGGCGAUGCGAGGCAGGAACGGGGAGUGCUCGACAGAGCUGCAAAGGGCGGCCUCACUGUACAACCCGCAACUUGUUCAGAUGCUGGCUCAACUUAACCGCGAAGUUGGCUCCGAUGUCUUCAUCGGUGCUAACACGCAGCAGAUGAGCAAUGAUUUCGUCAGCAAUCCCGGAGCCUAUGGGUUUAUAACGUCGAAAGUGGCGUGCUGCGGUCAAGGGCCCUACAACGGGUUGGGAUUGUGCACGGUGGCAUCCAACCUGUGCCCGAACAGGGACGUGUACGCCUUCUGGGACCCCUUCCACCCGUCGGAGAGGGCCAACGGCUUGAUUGUCCGGCAGAUCAUGAGCGGUACCACCGAAUACAUGUACCCCAUGAAUCUCAGCACCGCCUUGGCCUUGGAUCGCGCUCUCGCCUCCUCCCUCAAUUAAUCAUUCUAUAUAUUCAUCCCUCUCCCCAUUUAUUUACGUCUUUAUUUUACCUUCGUUUCCUCCUGCGCCCCCCAUUCUGUCUCUCUAUAUGUACUGCAAUGUGUGUUCUCUCUCCCCAUCUUGUUGUAUUCCUCCCUGUCCUCACCAAAUAUAUAUUUCAUAGCAGCUGCCAAUUAAUAAAAUUAUUACACUUUUUUUUCA